GCUUGAUGACGUAUGUCGUAUUUUGCCUACGUUUUUAAGAUAAAACCUAGCGCCUAAUGAUAAAUUAGAAUAUUUGGUAGGGAAGUACUGUUUUUUAACAUAUACUCUCAUUGUUAUAGACAUAGCGACCCAUGGAUUUAGUGGAGGGCAAUAUCACAGACCACGAUUACCCAUCGUUAGUCCUAGAAAGAAUCAAGUUUCUCUGGCUGUCCAAGAGACUCUGUGAUGCUACGUUAGAAGCAGGACCAGUCAAAAUAUACGUUCAUCGCCUGAUCUUGCAUGCUGCAAUUCCAGGAUUGACUCACCUCCAGAUCUAUGCAACAGAAAAUCAUCUAGAAGUUAUCCUCCCCACAGAAGUAAAGGCGGAUGCCCUGAAUGCUGUUGUUGAUUACUUGUACACAGGAAGACUUCAUCUUACUCCGCAGAAUGUUUCACGGGUAGCGCAAGUCACUCACCUCUUAGGACUUGAAAAACUGUAUAGAUUUUGCAAUCAGUACCAGUGCUCUCUCAGGCAAAAGGGAAUAGUGGCCUCUCCUUGUGAGUGUUUUGAGAGUCCUGUUAUUGUCUUCUUUCAAUCGGAAAAAGCUACACAAGUUCAUUACUUAAAGUCCAAGGAGCAGUUAGCUUGCUUUCAGAGAGAGCACACCUUAAUGAAGCUCUUGCCUGAUGUUGCCAUACAGGAAGGAUUAGAAAUCAGAGAGAGUACUAGUGAAAGUAAUAAUGACAAUUCAGAGCUGGCAUUAAGACACAGUGAUUUCACCCUGGGAACAUUCGGAAAAUCUCCAUGCAAGGAGGAGAACUUGCUUUUUCAUAUCAGGAGUGAGAGGUCUUCAUCUGGAACGACUUCUUCACAACAAAGAUCUUCACCAGAGACCGCAUUGUCAAACACAGCUAGCAUGCAGAAGUUAAACAAACCACCCCAAAUAAGCACACUAAAAAUUUCUGAUUAUCAGAGUUCAGAAAACAGUGUUCCUAGACCUGAGCCUCAAAUUGUGGAGCAGAGCAUCAAACUAGAAAAAGUAUCAGAUGACGAGAUAGAAAUGGACCACAGGAGGAUCGAUGUUAAGCAGGGUGAAUUUCAGUGUGGGUAUGAAUCCAUGAUACCAACAGAGACAUUGAUUGUACAGAAUGAUAAUCAAAAUCCAGGUACAUGUUAUGGGCAUAUUUCAGCUCUUAUGGCUAGAUACUUGGUUGAAGAGUCAAAAUCAGCUGUUAAGGUAUCGAAAAGUCCCAACAAAGAGACAGAAAUGGAUGUGGUCAAUAACAAUCGCACCCAAAGGCAGCUUACUAGAUCCAAAGGAGACAGGAUGUCAGAGGAAUGCAAAAAUACAAUGUUGGAAAAUGAAAGGAUGUUGGAAACCACAUUGUGUAGAAAAGAUGAAGAGAUCAACCAAGAGAGAAUAGCUGCCCACCAGCCAUCAAACACUGGACCCUGCAGAGAGUUUUCAAGUCCUCCCUUAAACUGCACUUCAGGUAGCUUAGAAUUCCAGUCACAACUAGAGGAACAUAAUUUGAAAGUUAAUCACAGACUGUGUUCGGGUACAAGUUCAUCGGGAAUUACAACUUCCAAAAUGUCUGGAGUGGACGAGAGACCUUGGACUAAUCAACAGUGUAAUAAGACGUGGCCACUGGAUCUGUCCAGUUUAGGCUCAGAGACUGAAGACUUCACAGCUUUCUGUCCCCUGUGUCUGAUUAACUUCACAUCAAGGACCGCGUACACAGCUCACCUCAAUAUCUGUUUUAACACAUUCCACCACAUACAACAAAACAAGUUCCUACAGAGAGAAUGGACUCGUCAGUUUAAAUCAGCAGUGAGCCAAGAUCCUAUCCAAAGUAGCACAAGUGGGAGAACCGACUCUUUUAUCAGGAGUAAUCCCAUAUACAGCACCAGCACAUUAUCAACAGAUGCCAGACCCACUGUGCACUGUGGGAUGAACAAAGACACUCUAGGACCACCUUCAGUGAUUAAGGACUUAUUCAUACACAGUGAGAAUGAUCAUAUAGACAAGAUUAAACCCAGAGACACAACAACCAACAACUCCAUCUCAGAAUUCCCGCUAGAUUACAUUCGGGAUAGGACUGUACAACGUAACUGUGCAAGUGAGGUGUUAGGAGAGGGAAAGACGGCUGUAGGCCACGGAAACUGCACUCGCUCCGACAAUAUGGACAGCUCCGCCAACGUUGGUGGCGAUAGACCUGGGGAGGAACUGGGAAUAAGGAUAACAGAUGUCUGGACACUGAAAGACGUGCAAGAGGAAAUGAAACUGUCAGUCAAUCCAGGGAAUGCACAUCAGAAAUCUCGGGAACAAGUUGGACACCACACGGAGCUAAAUACAGUGAAAGAGAAAUUAGUAGAGAUUCAUAUGAAAGAGACAUCAUCUUUAAAAGUUACAGCAAAAGGAAACAAAUUGUAUAUCAAAAGAAAAAACAUGGCCAAUCAAUCUCAGACAUGUGUAAAAGCAGAUUCUUGGACUCCUUCAGAAUCCAAACAGAAGGCAGUCAUGGACAAGGACAAAAAAUCUCAGACAUGUGUAAAAGCAGAUUCUCGGACUCCUUCAGAAUCCAAACAGAAGGCAGUCAUGGACAAGGACAAAAAAUCUCAGACAUGUGUAAAAUCAAAAAAGAAGGUAACGAAGAAAAGAAGAAAAAGAAAACUUAUCGGUGCUACAGCACACAGGAAACGCAGCAAAGGAACAAAGACACGGAGAAUGGAAACUGUGCCGAGAAGUGCUGCUGAUGGGGCACCCAACCCAAAGAGUAUGGGGGGGAGUGGAUGUGUCAAACCUGAUGAUAGAAUAGUAAGCAGUGGAAAAGAGGCAUCUGAGAGAGUCAUUACUCAGACCCCAAUUCAAAAAUUAACCAAUAUUAUUGCAGCUGUUGCUGAAAGGGAAAAUAAUUUCUUUUUGAAGAGAAAGCGCAUUAACACUUUUGGACACACAAUUUAUGAUGUUGAUGCCUCCAGCUCAGGUAAACAAGUCAGGAGAUCUGCAAAGAAGAACAACACUGCAGGUAGACAAGAAGGACAAAGACCGGAAAAGAGGAAGUUCUAUAGAUUCAUUAACCCUGAGAUUGUGAGCAGUCCAGUCACACAUCAAUCCCCAGGUCUAAGUCACCCCAUACUUAAUUCAACCCUCACACGAAGUCUCCAAAAAUCUCCAGUAAUGUCACCAUGUGCACCAUCACUUUUAAGUGCAGCGGGAAAUGUUACAAGAUCUCCUCAGAUGAUACCUCUUAGAGCACCUACAGCCAUGAAGUCAGCAACAAUUCCUGCACAACCACCCCAGCUCACAACUCUGUACAACCCAACCAAUGUAACUGGCUCCCCAGUGUUGGGUGUUAGUUUUUCGUCAAACAGAAGAGGUUCUAUUGCUGAGAAAAUCGCAAGUGUGUACCGAGAAAACUGCAUUGUCAUUCCAAAAGAAUGGAAAGAGUGGACAGAAGAUUUUCCAAAGCCAAAGGAAACGGGUGUCCCAUUUCAAUAUACGAUGCCCCUAAAGAAAAGAAAACACUAAUGAUUUAAAAAAUGUUCUUCAUUCACUAAAGGAAAAAUACCAUAAUUCUUUUUCCUAUUAUUACCAUUCUUCAUUUUCCAACCUAGAAUUUUUUAGAACAGUCUGCUAGGUCUCGAUUUGAAGAGGAGCAAUUUCUUUAGACAUUUCAUUUUAGUGUAAAUAUGUUGAUGAAUUUGAAGUAACAUCUUUUGUGACAUAAGUAUUAACAUUGUAUUAACACUGUAUUCUUCACUUAGAUUUUAAAAUUGAAAACUAAAAUACAUUUUAUUGAAAUUUAUUUCAAAUAAACAAGUUACUUCAACUUUCCCAACAGUUCAAGAAUUUUAUUUAAUCUUUUGGAUGUUGGAUUUGUCAUUGUGUGUAACUGCAUUCUGUCAUUGCAAGGUAAUUCUGAAAUGUUUUAAAGUCGAUAAAUA